GAAAACCUUAAAAAUAAGAAAUUAAGAAAAAUUCAAUGUUGAAAUAAUUUUCCGUUUUUCUGAAAAACGGUGAGACCGCCAAGAAAAAACUUCAGAUUCGUAAUCUACGACCUCAAAAUAGUAUGUAUACCAAUUUUGGUGAAAAUCGGACGAUUUCCAGUUUUCCCAAUAAUUACCAAACUUUUUUAUGACUUGGAGUUUUGGUAAGGAAUUGUUAAUCUAAGUUGAAUAGAAGUUAGGUAUAUAGUGUUUUCUUUAUUUUCUUCCUAUUGUGAUUAAAGAAAAAAACAAAUAGGUAGGCAAUGGAUAUCGACAUUGAUAUAUCAACAUUAGAAAUCAAAGAAAAUGAAAGGAAGCGUAAUCACAGUGAAUUAUCACCUAGUAGUAGUAGUACAAGUAAUUCAUUGCAUCAAGAUGAAAGUAAACAGAAUGAUUUGAACCCCAGAAGAUCAUUAAGGAAAAGAAUAAGACCAUUAGAACCUACUAUAGAAAAUUGUCGAGUGUUAAGAAAUCCUAGAAAAUUAAGUAUUAAUAGUACAAUGAAGGACGUACAGAAUUAUUAUUUAGACAAAAGAAUAAAGUUGAAUUCACAGGCAUUGGAAACAAUAUUUGAAGAGCCCCAAAAAGAGUUAUAUAUGAGCUCCAAAAAAUUGAGAAGGUGUAUUAAUUUUAUCAACGUCUCUCAUGAGAAACCGAAUAAGGCGAAGGUAAAGAAGAGAGUCCUAAAAGCUAAGAAAACAAAUAAUUUUAAAAAAGUAGUAAAAAAAAUUGAUAUGGAUCUUCUUUUAUCAAAGCUGGCUGUAUUAGAUAAUGCAAAUGAGUCUGAAGAUUAGGAAUUUAUUGAUAUUUUGUAAAUAUACAUGUUUUGAUAUUUAAAAGUUA